GACGCGUCAAGCUGACUUCAUGGGGUACAAUAAAGACUUCAUGGGGUACGAGACCAGUCCGACUGGAGCGUACGCGUACCCCAACGACGGGUUCUAUGGAAACAUGGACCAGGAUGCGAACGACCUCUCUAAUGUUGAUAUGUCACGGUACGGCGCGGGGGGACAGAAAGUGUCGUACCUACCCACCAAGAACGGCUAUUAUAAGGGCCAGAUGGCGACUGCUAACAAUUACAAAGUUUUCCAGAAAAUUCCAGCCUCUUCUAUGAUCCUAAGCAACUACGAUCCGUUCUACUCGCCCUUGCUGUCACGACUCGACGGGAUCUUCGCUAGGCUCGGUCUGACCCCCUCAGAGAACUCGGCAGACGGUGGCACCCAGAUAGGGGGCCAGAACUUGAGCGAUGUGAAGUUGGAGGCCUGUCGGGAACAGCUCAUCUGCCUCAUGUACGCCAGUCCGGCCAAAUAUGCGCCGUAUAGCAACCUCGUCUCUGCCCAGUUAAGCAGAGAACUGAACGAACUCCGUCGUCCAGUGUCAGACAACCCUGAGAUCCUCCGGUUCUUCAGAUACAUGCGAGCAGCUCGACGCGGGCAAGAAGGCGCGGAUUGCACGCGCGCGCAUCCUGCAUGCUCGGCGAACACCGCACCAGCUCAUACCAUGAUCGCGGCCUACCAUGACAUCAACAAGCUCGUGACUGCGAGGAAGCUGAAGAACUAACUGGCGGCGUAUCAACUCAAGAUGGAAUAAACAAGCGUCUUCCAUAGUGUAUUUAUUUCGAGGACAGAAUAAACAAAAUUUAAAUUUUAUAGUCCUAAUGGCUUCUAUUGUAUUCAAGGCUAGGACUGAAGGAACCCAUGUUGAGCCAUAACCAUAAAUUCUUUGUUUGUUUCUCAAUAGAAAAUAUUUUAUUAAGUCUCAUCUAGGAGAUAUAACAUCUUAUAGGUAACUUUGUUGUCACUUUGACAAAAACUGGGCGUUCUCCUUUUUUAAAAUCGAGACCAACGCGCCCCAUCAACGUGUAUUUUUACGCCCGUAUGCAAAAACAAUGAUUGCUUAAGUGAAGCAGAAAAUCGAACGCACAGCGUUGAACAGAGCUCGGUGAUUGGUUCGUAUGUCACCCGUGCGUUCACGCGCACUGUGAGACCUCAAUGUUUGUGAAUACGGGCAUUAAUGUAUUUUCGAAUUCGCAUACGAAACGACUUUGAACUCUUAUCCUUCAUAGAUACGGCUUGGUCUCACUCAUAUAAUAUUCACACGACGAGUUUAUGCGAGCUCAAUGCUGUUGAAGGAGACCCUAUAAAACAGCCUCUGGCACUCACCCUGAACUUGGCAUAGCGUGAGCAUGAUAAUAUUUUUAAUGGCGGAUGUACACUAUGCGGGAAGACGGCCAAGACGUAAUAGUGUGAACACCAUCUCGGUUACUUUAUCCUCUCUUGUCGCGAGCGUCACCCAUACUUCGUUGUGCGGACUAGCGCUUCGACUUGGACAAUUUCCGUAGUGUACAUGCGCCAUAAGACAUUGGAUCACAAGGCACGCCAAAAGGUUUUUAAAAAAAUGCUAUACCUAUUUAUAUGUAUUGACCUAACAAAAUAUUACUACAAUGCUAGUCGUAGUUUUCCCGUGUCCUUUUUUAUAUCCAGCUAGACUGGAAUAUUGAAUUAUUGUUCUUUAGAUUUCGAAACGAAAAAUAAAUUAAUAUAAUGUUUUUUUUUUUUUAUUAUUAUGCAUUAUUAUUAAAAAUGUUUGUAACUUUUAUUUAACAAUGUUAUUCUUUACUUAAUUCUUGAAAUGUUAUUUUAAAUAAUAACUAUCUUUACUUUUAAUUUAAUAAUAAAGGCUGCGAAGCUCAAUCAGUAAAUAUUUAAUUGUAAUUUAUUUAUUUUGAUGUGUUUGUAAUUUAUUGUGUGAUUGUGUGUGUGCUUGAGGUAAUUUAUUGUUCUACUUGUUAUCACUUAACUUACGUAAUUUAUUUAAUUUAUUUUUACUUUUUAAUUUAUUUCUCCUGUUCAAAAACUCUUUAUUAAUAUGUUGUAAGAGUUUUUAAAAGGUUUUGGUAUUGACCAAAUUUGAAUAAAAAUAGGGAAUUUGGGAUUAAUGCUAAACAUUAUUUAAAAAUGUAUUUAUAAAGAGCUAUUGUCUCUACCUGCAUUUUAUUUUAUGUGUAACUGUCAAAUUAAUUAUAGUAAUUUAUUCUGUAGUCAUGUAGUAAUUGUAAGUAGUAUGAAAAUAAAAUUCUCGAAGAUUU